UGAUCAAAAUAAAACCAUUCAGAAACAUUUUGUAAUAAGCGUUUACACAUUUAUAAUUGUCACGCGAAGGGGUAAAAUUGAGAAAAUUCAAUACCAAAUGAGUGGAGAAUCAGAUUUGAGAUCUGAUAUCCGGUCUGUAGACGAUGGAAUUCCAGGAAGGGUUCCGAGGAAGAAAGGUAUCGGAGAUAUAGGAGCAGGACGGGAUAACGGUGAGCGAGUGUGCCUUGGCGUGGGAGAAGGCAGACUCCGAAAGAAGAGCGGCGAGUCCCAGGCCGCGCUUGCUGGGCGGAACGUAGGUGUGGAGAAUAUCCAUGGCUCUGCCGCCCUGUUUCAGCUCGUACACCAGAUACGCUUCCUUGUCCUCCGUCUCGAACCUCCGCGAUCUCUCGUUCCACACGAUCUUCGGCGCUCCGGCCGCUCCUCCGCUUCCACUGCCCGGCGAAGCCAUGACUGUUACCUCCGUCAAUUUAUUGACUCUUCUUAUGCUGCCUUGUUUGCCAAAGUAUUCUCGUAUCUAUUCACACUGAUUCAUUCCAUGUGUAAUGGGUUGUUUAGAUUUCUUCAAUUUUGAUUCAUUUAAGUGCUGCUCUUUCAGUUUUUUUUUUAGAUCAGGGUCUUAGUGCUGGUCUUUCC